AUGGCCCGGCACAGCAAGCUGCAGAAGCAGGUUCUGGCCCUGUACCGCCAGUUCCUGCGGGCCGGCCAGGACAAGCCGGGCUUCCUCCCACGCAUCCGCGACGAGUUCCGAGAGAACGCGCGCAUCAAGAAGAGCGACGUGAUGCACAUCGAGUACCUGUUCCGGCGGGGCCAGAGGCAGCUGGAGCAGAUGAAGGACGUCAACACCAAGCAGCUGGGAGCCUUCUCCAAGCCCAAGGAGCCCGGCUGA